CCCGCUGUUAAUUAUCCAAACACGUGUGGUUCGCAACAAAUAAACAAAAAUUUAACUAAAUUGGCGAAUUGAGAUUGUUUAAAGGAUGAAUAACAAUUUAUUUGAGGGCUCCGAUGAUGAAGGAGCUGAUCUACAGUUGACUACUAACAAAGACUAUGCCAAGUCCUAUAACAUUUUGCGCAAAAAGGAGUUGCUGCAAAAAUACAAGGAUCGGGGUUUGGAUGUAUCUGAGUCGGAAUUGGACAGCGAUAGCAGUGAUUCAUCAGACGAAGAUAACGAAGAUGUGAAAUUUGAUCAGGAAUUUUUCAAAACUCUGUCUUCGCUGAAGAGCAAGGAUCCCAAAAUUUAUGACAAGGAGACGAAAUUCUUCAACGAUGAGGAUGGAGAUGACGAUGAGGAGGAUGCUGAUGAAGAAGACGACGUUUCGGGCAAGAAGAAAGUUAAGAAAUCAAAGCCGGUUACGCUUAAGGACUAUGAGCGAAAGGUGAUACUUGAGAAUAAUGGUCGAUUCGAGGAGGAUGACGAAGACGAGAAUGUCGGGGAUCAGGACCAAGAGGAGCGACGACCAUUGUCGCCAUCGGCUGUUGAAGAGGAGCGCCAGUUGAAGAAUGCCUUCAAAGAGGUUCUCGCCGACGACGAUGAAAGCGAUGAAGAAUUUGGACGCAUUUUCAAGAAACGUGAUAAAUCGAAAGCAGAAGCAGAGAAGGAGGAUAAAGAUUUCGCCUCCUGGCUGGCUGGCAAACAGGCAGAUCUGCAGGAGCAAGAUAAAGAGCAAUUGGAGCCAUUGAAAAACUACUGGAGCAGCAAGAAACUGACACAGGGAGAAAGUUUCCUGCGAGAUUAUAUUUUAAACAAGGGCUACGCCAAGGCAAAUGCCUCCGAGAUACCCACCUAUGAUGAGAUUGUUGGAGAAUCUACACCUCCUCGCUCCUUUUCCGAUGCCGAAGAUGAGCAGGAGUUGAGCAAGCAGGCAGAGUUCGAGCAUAAAUAUAAUUUUCGUUUCGAGGAGCCAGAUGCGGAGUUUGUCAAGCGUUAUCCGCGUACAAUAGAGCAAUCCCUGCGUCGGACUGAUGACAAGCGCAAAGAGAAACGUCGCGAGCUGAAGGAACGCAAAGAGCAGGAGAAGCAUACGAAAAUGAAGGAAUUAGAAAUCAUCAAGGAGAUGAAACGCAAAGAGAUUGAUGAGAAAAUACGUAAACUGAAAGCGGUCACCGGUAACGAUGAGUUGGGCUUCAAGGAUGAGGAGCUAGAGGAAGACUUUGAUCCGCAGGAGCAUGACCGUCGUAUGCAAGAGAUGUUCAACGAUGAGUACUAUGAUGUGGAUGAGGGUGAGGAGAAGCCCGAAUGUCCUUCCGAUAUUGAAGAGUUGGCCAUAGAAGAUUGGGAUAACUACGAUCCCAAGAGAUCAACGGAUGACGGUGAUGGCGAUGCCCACUGUGAGGAUGAGGACUUUAAUAUGGAUUGUGAUUAUGAUCCCAUGUCGGCCAAGGACAAAUUGCAGCAGGAACUCAUUGAGAGCAGUCGGAAACGCCGCAAGGGACGAAGGAAUCGCUUCCGGGAAAUGAUACAGGCCGACAAGCCAGCCUUCAAGCCCGAAGAUGAGAAAACCUAUGGCGAGUAUAUCGAUGAAUAUUAUCAAUUGGAUUGUGAGGACAUCAUUGGAGAUCAGCCUUGUCGCUUCAAGUAUGUGGAGACAACGCCAAAUGAUUUUGGCUUGACCAUUGAAGAGAUCCUACUGGCCAAAAACAAGGAGCUAAAUCAAUGGGCUAGCUUAAAGAAAGCUGUGCAAUUGCGUCCCGAACAUGUGGAAAAGAAGGAGCAACGCCUCUACAAAAUGAAGGCCAAAAAUGAAGAGCUCAAGAGGAAAAUCUUCAAGAGUUUAUACGGCGAUAGCUCGGAUGAGGAAGAAAAAGCUGAGGAGGUACCCCAACCACAGGCCCAGCAGAUAGAGACACCAACUGAACCAACUGUAACGGAGAACAUUUCCAAAUCCAAGCGAAAGCGUUUAAAACGUAAGGCCGCUGCCCAGGAAAAGGUUAAUAAUAAUAAGAAACCCAAGGAGAACGAUGAAACGUCCACAAAUGGUGAGACGAAAACUGAACAGACCACGGAAUCCCCGGCAAAGUCCCCGUCAAAGUUAGAGAUCUCCAAACCCAUUGAAGCCCCCAAAUCCAAGCCAACAAAGAGUGAAAAGAAAGUGGAAACGAAACCGGGAAAGAUUCGUCCUCCUCCUACUUCUUCUAAUCCCAAAAAUGCAAAAACAAAUGGUGUCAAUCCCUUCAAGAAGGCCACCUCAGCAGGAGUAGCUGGUAGAAUGCCAUUGAAAAAGGAUCAACAAUUCAAAGCAAAGAAUAAAUUCCGUAAUCAAAAGAACAACAACAACAACCAGCGAAGAGAAGCAGGAGGAGCCGUUACAGAUGAUCGUCUUAAGGCCUACGGCAUAAAUCCACGGAAAUUCCACAAACGUGAGAAAUAUGGAAAGAAGGCCAAUUAACAAGCACAAACAGAGCCGUAAGUAUAUACAUAUAGAUCUAUAUUUAAUUAAAACAUUGUAUAAUAAAAUGUUAAACAUGUAGAAAAAUCA